GCGCGGCUCGGCUCGCGCCGGGCUCCCCCGCCUGUGCUCCCCCACCCCUUUGGAGCCCCCGCCUCCUCCUUCCCUCUAGCGGCCUCCUCCUCCUCCUCUUCCUCCUCCUUCUUCUCCGCCCCCGCCUCCUCCUCCUCCUCCGCCUCCUUCUCCUCCGCCUCCUGCUCGGUCGCCGCCGCCGCGCUCGAUGAAGCGGAGGCCGCAGCGGCCGUUGGCGCUGUCGCUCCCGCUACCGGGGCCGCGGCGGGCGGGGCUCCGGCGCGGCCCAGCCUAGUCCCCAGCGGUCCGUCGCUCCGCGCCUCGCUCCCGCCUUCCCCGAUGCAGGGGGCCGAGCUCCGGGACGGCGAAGCAGCAGCGGCAGCGGCGGCAGCAGCGGCGGCCUCGUACCGCGUCCUGAGCCGCCUGCUGGGCUACGGAGAAUCAGCCUCGGAGCCUGCCCCGCCACCACUGCCGCCCCCGGCCCCGGGCCAUGGACCCCAGCCGCUGCCCCCGACCCAGAGCCCGGUUCCACCGCCGCCGCCGCCGCCCUUCCUGCCGAGGCCCGGGCCCCGGGGUUCCCGGCCGCCGCAGCUGAUGGUGUUCCGCAACGUGGGGCGGCCGCCCGAGGAGGAGGAGGCGGCGGCGGCGGCGGGACCUGGGCCGGGGCCCUCGGAGCUGCUGUGCCCCCGGCACCGCUGCACCUUGGACCCCAAGGCCCUGCCGCCAGGGCUAGGGUUGGGGCUGGGGCUGGGGUUAGAACGGGGCUGGGGCCCGGCGGCAGCGGCUGCAGCCGCCGCGGGGCUGGAGGCCCACCUGGCGGCGCUGGGGCUGGGGCCGGCCGGCAAGGGUCCGGGACCCGCUGGGGGUAGCUGUCCGUGCGCCCCGCAGCCGUCCGCGCCGCAGGCUCAGCUGCCCGUCGCGGCCCCGCAGUCCGGCGAGGACCCAACGGAAACAAGCGACGCGUUGCUGGUGCUGGAGGCGUUGGAGUCGGAGGCCGAGAGCCUGGAGACCAACAGCUGCUCCGAGGAGGAGCUCAGCAGUCCGGGCCGGGGGGCUGGCGGAGGAGGAGGCGUCGGCCGCCACGCGUCACUGCAGCCUCUGACUCCCGAGCUGCUGCCCGCGCCCUUCCCGCUGCAAGACCUGGUGCCCCCGGGGCGACCCUCCAGAGUGGAGCCCCAGCCGCCCCCGCAACAGCAGCCUCCCGCUGCGCCCCUUCGGCCGCCCCUGGGCACCUCUCGCAAGGGAUCGCUUAGAAUACGCCUCAGUCGCCUCUUCCGCACGAAGAGCUGUAACGGGGCCUCGGCCGGCGGGGAUAUGGCCGGCAAGAGGCCUCCAGGGGAGCUGGCUGCCUCCUCUGUGAGUCUGACCGACGUGGGCGGCCCCAGGGCCGGGGAGUCAGAGGCGGCGAGGAAACCCAGGUUGACAAGAACUCAAAGUGCCUUUUCUCCGGUCUCCUUCAGCCCCUUCUUCACAGGUGAAACGGUGUCACUUGUGGACGUGGACAUUUCUCAGCGAGGUCUGACCUCUCCACAUCCUCCAACUCCCCCUCCUCCUCCACGAAGAAGCCUCAGCCUCCUAGAUGAUAUCAGUGGGACGCUGCCUACAUCUGUCCUAGUGGCUCCGAUGGGGUCUUCCCUGCAGUCUUUUCCCUUGCCUCCACCUCCUCCGCCCCAUGCCCCAGAUGCAUUUCCCCGGAUUGUACCCAUCCGAGCUACUGAAUCCCUACAUAACCAACCCACCCAGCACCUUCAAUGUCCUCUCUACCGACCUGACUCUAGCAGCUUUGCAGCUAGCCUUCGGGAAUUGGAGAAGUGUGGUUGGUAUUGGGGGCCUAUGAAUUGGGAAGAUGCUGAAAUGAAGCUGAAGGGCAAGCCAGAUGGCUCCUUCCUGGUACGGGACAGUUCUGAUCCCCGAUAUAUCCUGAGCCUCAGCUUCCGAUCCCAGGGAAUCACGCACCAUACCAGAAUGGAGCACUACAGAGGAACUUUCAGCCUCUGGUGUCACCCCAAGUUUGAGGACCGUUGCCAGUCAGUGGUGGAAUUUAUCAAGAGAGCCAUUAUGCACUCUAAGAAUGGGAAAUUUCUCUAUUUCUUAAGGUCAAGAGUUCCAGGGCUCCCACCAACUCCAGUCCAGCUGCUCUAUCCUGUGUCCAGAUUCAGCAAUGUCAAAUCUCUCCAGCAUCUUUGCCGCUUUCGGAUCCGACAGCUUGUCCGAAUAGAUCACAUCCCAGAUCUUCCUUUGCCGAAGCCUCUGAUCUCUUACAUCAGAAAGUUCUACUACUAUGAUCCUCAAGAAGAAGUAUAUCUGUCCUUGAAGGAAGCGCAACUCAUUUCAAAACAGAAGCCGGAGGUGGAGCCCUCUACGUAGCGAGGGGCCCCCAUGACAGUUGUGUUGCUGUCAGGUAAGGUAUUUUGGUUGCCAAGCUCCAGCUGCAAAGAACCAAAAUGAAGCUACAUGGUUGAUAAGGGAAGAGAAGAGCAAAUGGGAAGGAGGAGCAGUUUGAACUUUCUGUACAAAAUGUUUGACUCCCAGAUAAGGCAUAGAAGAAGCACACAGCAACAAAGCUCCCAAGGUGGGAAUGCUGGCCGCCAGCUCUGAAUCCCCUGUUGGGAUCAUACAACUGGAUCAGCUCCUCGGAAAACUGGAGAAAGUCUCAGCACUGUUUCUUUUUCAGAAGUUUUAUUUUUGAUAUUUCCAUUUUCAGUAUGGAAAACAGUCUUAAGAGCACCUAGGGUUUGUGCCCAUUGGAUUUGGGGUGGGUUUGGGUAAAAGCAGUCCCAGUCAAUGAAAAGAAAGGGCUUACAAACAGACCCUUUAGUGUUAGCCAUGGUGCUCUACAGUGGAGAAAACAUGUCAUAAAUGAUAGAGGCCUAGGGGAGGAUGGGAGGAUGAACUGAAGUUUCUAAUUAAGAGCUUUUUGUACAAAAUAAUAGGUACCUUGUGGAUUCUGAUGAAGAAGGGCAGACUAUUAUGGAACAAAAUAUUGUGGGAAGAAUACUGACAUGGAUAUUGUUUGCAGUGUAUUCAAAGUCUUUUCACACCUAUUUGAGGUUUGUGAUCUUAAAAUCACAUGCCUCUGACAUUUAGAAGCUUUUAAAAUUUGCUCUACCUAUUUCCUGAAAUCCAUGACCUCAGGGUACUUCUGUUCUUCCUUGUAAACUAGGAAGAAGUAAAAAAAACCAUUUCAAUUCUUCCUUCUCUCCUAUAACAGCACAUUUUACUCUGAACAUGAUAAUAUAUAUCUCAUCACUUCCACUAAGGAAAUUGUUUCUUUUUUUAAUUGUUGCUUGAAUGUUUCAAAGCCCCAAUCGUGGUGUCAGAUUCUUCAUGAAAAGACCAUCUUCAUAAUUUAGGAUUUCCCUCCUCAUCAAUUAGCAAGUUAGAUAGAAUGAGGAUCGAGGUGAAGGACAAAACCAUCACACUUUUUCUAGAGAUGCUAUUUCCAGAAUGUAAGAUCCUAAGACCUGAUCAGCAGAACGUUAAAUCUCAUAAUUUAAAGUUUAUCUUCCUGUCUAAGCAUUCCAUUCUACUUCUGGGCCAGGGAGAUAGCAAGAAACCAAAUAGUGGCUUUAUUUCCAAACAUACUGUCUAUGAGCAACCAGGGCUUUUAUGGAGGUGAGAGGUGGUGGAGAUGGGGAGAGCACCACAAAUCACUACCCUCCUUUUGAUUAGAAGUCCAGUCCAGUACUUGGCUUUCUUUCCUUAAGUCUUCCUUUUGAGAGGGAGGCUUUCUGGAAGCUUAAAAUUUGUCCCAAAGGUGCCCAUCACACGACUGGAUAAUAAGCUUUUGAGACUGUUGUCACGUGGAGUUGACUGAAAUGAGACUUCAUAUUAAGACAUGAGCUUAUAAAAUGUUCUGAUCUAAGAAGGACCAUAGUAUAUAAAAGACUGUUAAUACUCUGCAAUAGGUGCUCCGUGAAACUGUCUUCACAGUUCCCCUGUGUUUCUCAACUUUGUCUUGGUGUUAGCAAACCAAGCUUGUGGUUUCCUGAAAGUUUGGGGGGGAGGCCCUCAGUGUGUUUAAGUAAUUUAUAGAAAUACCUCAUCUGGAAACAUUGACUACUGAAGGCUGAGGUAAUGACUCCUCCUGUUAUGUGUUCCCCACUCUGAAUGGCUGGUCUCCCAAGCUGUAAAUCUUUAAAAGGGCACAAAGAUACCUGGGAAAUCUGCUUUGCAGCAUCAAGGUAGCUCACCACUGCAUACAUAUCAUAAUGCCCAACUCCCUUCUGUGAUUUUUAGAGCAGCACUUUCAUUGAAGAAAUAAGCUUAGUUCCUGUGAACCUUGACCUUACAGAGGAGAGUUUAAAGUCCUGUGUGGUCAUUAGAAGGCAGAUGCUCAACUCCUAUUUUCUUUGGCUAUUGCUAAUGAAAAAUUGAACCUAUACUGUUUUCAAGGUACUAACGGGAUUACAAAAGAAGUCUGGAAUCUGCCCUAAGUCUAGAGGGGAAUUUUGGGGAAAUAACUUUGCAUUACACAAAGCAUUUAGAAAGCAGUAUGGCCAUGUAGAAUCAGUCACUAGAUUGUAGUACAGAUGUGUGAUAGGAGUUAAGAGAGAGGUCCUUGUGGACUAGGACAGGCAGGGAAGGCUUCAGUCAUGUGAAACUUGACAGUUUUGAAGAUUUGGUGGGAUUGGAAUAGGCAGAAAGGGACAGAGUAUGAGUAAAUGCACAGAGAUGAAAAUGAGUGACAUUUUGGGAAGCACAGAGCCCCAAGCCAUCCUAUUGACAUAACAUCAGUGUUGAGCUUUUUUUCCUCUUACCAGCUCAUUGGCCUAGAGUUAGAGAUCCUCUUGGAUCUGAAUACCAUCAUUUAGAUGAGCCACCUUCCCCUUCCCUAGUGGCCUUACAGGACCCUCUGAAGGCUGCCACACACACACCCCCCCCAGACCCCCAGGGUUUCACAGGGACAGCUGAGGAAGGAAUGUGUAAUGUCCUUUUCUCUGAAGGAGUUUGAAUUUUCGUUAUAUUAUGUCAAACUGACCUGAAAAAUGGACAGUUUUCCCCUACUCGCUUUCUUUCUCCUUAGUUGUAGGAGCAACUCAUUGUGUGGUGUGCUCAUGCCCCAACAGUGGAUGGUAGAACAGAAGAGGGUAGACAGGAACUUGGUUGUCCUUGGGAAGUGAGUCUGGAAAGCAGAGAGUAGAAUAGGAUUGCCUGAGGUGACCCUGAAAAAUCAGGCCCAAGAGGUUGGAAGUAGAACAAGGAGAGGCUGAGCAGCUGUGCCAAUAAUAUAUGCCCUUCAUGCCCUCCCCCCUUCCCUAGAAACCUUCUAAUUAGACUGACCUACCUACCUACCUCUUCCUCAUUCAUGUUAAACUCAAUGAAAACGGUAAGCUACUCACAGACUCAUUCCCUCCCUCCCUACCAUUUUCUUUUUUAAGUCAUAGAAACUGGAAAAGACAGAAGACCCAUCAUUUCCUAAAGGAGCAGCUAGGACAAUUGAUGUCAUUUGCAUCAAGGGGCUGCCUUGCAAAGCAGUCUCACCAAAUUAAUCCUCUUGUCCGUUAUCUACUGUAACCUUCCUUGGGACAGGAAUAGACUUAGACUUAUAUGAGCUAGUGACAACUACUGCUAUAACUUGCUAUUACUUGAAAUUUGUAUGCUGCGAUGGGGGUGGGGGGUGGGACUUGUGGGGAGACACACAUCUAUGGGUGAGGACAGAUGGCUUCGAGGCUCCUGAUCAAUAAUGAUGGCCUUGGCCUGGGAACUUAGCCCUUUGCCUAGAUAGAAUGAUUGGAACCCACUGGAGCUGGAGCUGCCUCAGGGAAGGAACUUGGAAAGGGGUGGUGGAUGGGGCCAACUCCGUUCUAUUUCUAGUAGCGCUGCUUAUAUAAACCCCUUCUCCUGGUUACAAUUGGGAACAGUGUGGAAGUGACAAGAGUUUCCAACCUACUCUGCUCCCAAGAAGAGUUGGGGAAGGUCAGGACUCCCAGAAGAGGUGCUAGAGAUGAGGCAAAAGGAGAGAGACACAUGCUAGGACCAAGGCCCCGCCUCUCAGGUCUUUCCUCUGGGCUCCUGGAACAGCCUCAAUUUCCUGUAGCCCUCUGCUCUCUGCAGAAAAAUGGUUUUGUUUUCUUUUACCUUCCUUGUUGCCUCUAACUUCCCUUUGAGCUCUGGGGUUGAAGGACCAUGAAGUGGUUCUGAGAAGUUUGAAGGUCUGGGUGCAUGUUUGUCUUCACUUACAGAAUUGUUACCCGCCAUUCGGACAGUUGGGAACAUCUCUGUUGGGGGGAAGACCUGACAUGUUUGCUGAGCUUAAGACAAUGUCCUCUGCCCCUGAGGGAGGAGCUUUGGAGUUAGACAUUUUCCCUAUGGGAAUCUUUUGGUUUGGUUUGUGGGGGGUGGGGAGGGGUCAGAGGAGGGAGAGGGGAAGUGAUUUUUAUCGAUAGUCUCCAACAUAGCUGGUCUUACACUGAAUUUGUGCUAUUGCAUACAUGUAGCCAUCUUUCUUUUCACUGCAGCAGUGUUAAUUGGUAGUUCAAAAUGAUUUAUUUGCUCCUGGGGAGUAAAACUUUUUUUAUUUAAAAAGAAAAAAAUAAAUGAACCAACCUCCCCCUCUCCCUUUAAAAUGACCCGUAUAAUAAUUGUUUACGGGUUAUUGGGUCAUAAAACUUUAGAAGGCAGAGUCAAAUACCGAAGGCCUUGGGACAUCCAAUUUCAACCUGGGAAAUGUGAUCCUUAGCUUAGCACAAUCUAAAGGAGGAUUUAGAAGUGAUAGAUUGGGGGGGGGGGGGAGUUAGGGGUUAAGCCACAAAGUCAGGGAAACUGGGGAUCCAGGUGCUGCAGUUAAAACAGAAAUGGUGAUGCGCUGUUUUUGAAGUUUUAUUUUCUGACUUACCAGGAAAACCUUUUCUUUACAUGCAGGUUACGUGCCGUUUCCGUAUUUGUCCUCUUUCCUCCUUUUCCCCUUCCUGGCUUGGUGCUGCUGCCAUGUUCCUUCCCCAUUCUUCCCAUUCUUCUCCAUCGGUCUCUGUUGAACCAGCCCUACAUGCUGGGUUUGUUGACUCACUGUCAUUUGUAUUUCAUCUCAUCUUCAAGAGUCCAUGGAACACUUCCCACAUUAAGGGCAUGAGGCAGCAGCCCAGAAGGAAUAAGGCAGCCAACAAUAGUAGGAUAGAUUUAAAUGCCUGGUCGCAGCUGGACUGCGAUCUUAAUUGCCCCUAGACAAGGAAUUCAAGGAAAACACAGCUUCUAUACCCUUCGCCAAAACCUAAAGCAGUCAAUCACAGACAUAGGGCCUCCGCUCAGAAGCUGGGGUCUUCUCUGCCUUAGCUCCAAAGCCUGUAGAAAUGGAUCAAAAACAUCUGCUUUAUUUCUCCCACCCAGGAUUCUCUCUUGGGAAGGUUCUAACCCCUCCAAGUUGCACCGUGAAUCUUCCAAAGAACAUAAAAAUCCAGACACUGCUCUCUUGGCAGUUGAACUUGUUCGAAUGCAGAAACUGGUGGUGUCGUUGACAAAACCACUUCUGUCCAUUGGUGUUCUAGGGAAACUUUAAAAGUAGGGUAUCCAAAUCUGGGCUCGGGUUGUUUGCUAGUUCACAACCAGAAGCUAACCAGUCCUUUCCCCUUCCCCUCCCAUCCCCAACUUCCUACCCUUCUUGAAAUCAUCCUCACUACCACCAGCCCAAAGUGACCUGGCUUCUUUUCCCACUCGUUUGGAUGCAUUUUUCUCCCCACCUCUCCCUUAUUCCCUAUCUUUUUUGUGCUUAAUUUAUUAAAAUAGUUGCUGUAUAAUUUAUUUUCAUAAACUAUUAAAAUGUACUAAAUGGUUAAAAAUAGACUUGCAGGCCAAUCUUAAACGGGGAAGAGUAUGGGGAAGAUGUUUUGAUAUAAACAUAACAAAUGCACUUUGGGUGUGUUUUGGUAUUUUUCUUGGGGGUGGGGGGUGGGGGGAUGUUUGGAUGUACCUGUAGAUUAGUUACAGAAUGGGGAUUGUCUGUAUAUAUUGUAUUAAUAGGCAUGUUUGGACUCUUGUAUUCAGACAUUAGUAGCUGCUGCAGGUCCUGUUUGGAAAUCCCAUGUACAAUUCCCAGUUUUUUUGUAAGUGUUGGUGCGGGAGACAUUUGACUCUUGUGUUUGUAUCUCCUUUUUAUGACUGUUGUUCAGACCCAUGUCUUUUUGGGGAGGGGUGGGAAGGGAAUUUGAAAUUAAAAUGUUUAAAAAUUA